AUGUCUGGAAGACAAGGAGGGAAAGCAAAGCGAGAAACCGUUGCCUUCCUACUGAGUACUAACACCCCAGCGCUGAAGGCUCCAAAGAAGAAGGCCCAGGAUCUGGACGAGGCCGACAUUGCUUUCAAGGAGAAGCAAAAACAGGCCGAGAAAGCACGCAAGGAGCUCGCGGCCAAGGCUUCCGGUAAAGGACCCCUUGUCGGUGGUGGCAUCAAGAAGAGCGGUAAGAAAUGA